UAUACGCAUAUUUCCGUCAGUGAUAGAGGAAGCACACUCUGUUUUUUUCUAAAGCGUUUUUCCCAUUACUUUAAUUCGGGCAGAACUGUGGACAUCCUUCCCACAUUGUUCCAUCUGUUCUGUUUUUAAGAAACAUUAAUGUGAAUGUAAGGCCUCAACCCUCACUGCUGGCCUUCUAUAAAUUCCAUACUUCCUCCACAACUGUGCCCUUUCCCUCCCAACCCCCAUCUCCAGCUCUCUUUGUCUGACUUCACCAGUUCAUCUCCUACCUUAGGCUAUGAGUGUUAGAGGAACAGCCCAGGUCUCACCAUCAUGCCAGUUCUGAGAAGCAGGGAUCAGAUUUGGGCUGGCCAUGAACAAGGAAAUGCAUUUACGCGCCACCAUCAUGCCUUUCUGCGAGCCCCCCUUGCCUUCACCGCCCCAAGAGCGGCGUAUUUCUCUGAUCCUUUGCCCGGCCGAAAGCUCAUCCUCCCAGCACAGGACCCCCUUCUCUCCAUUCUCCCUCUCCCUGUCCCUCCUCUGCCUUUCUCUGCUGCUCAUCCCAGUCUGCGAAUCCCGGAGAGGGGGGGGCGGGGGUGGCGUAGGCGGCGGAGGCGAAAGAACCGGGGCAGUGAUCAUCCCGCCACACUACCCGCCUGUGAUGGCACUUCCACCACCCUCUUCCAAGCUGUCCCAGGGCCUGAGCAUCGCUGUGGUCCUAAUGGGCAACUCUAGUGAAGUGGCCCUGGCCGAGGGCCGUGAGAAAGAGGACUUCCUAUACAUGCCUCUGCCACCCAACGUGGAGUUGGUCACUAUGAACGAGACAGACCCCAAGAGCAUCAUCACCUGCAUCUGUGACCUGAUGACCAAGCACUGGUUGCAGGGUGUGGUUUUUGGUGAUGACACUGACCAGGAGGCCAUCGCUCAGAUCCUGGAUUUCAUCUCAGCUCAGACACACAUCCCCAUCCUAGGCAUCCGUGGGGGCUCCUCCAUGAUCAUGGCUGACAAGGAUGACCACUCUAUGUUCUUCCAGUUCGGCCCCUCAAUUGAACAACAAGCCUCAGUCAUAUUAAAUAUAAUGGAAGAAUAUGACUGGUACAUAUUUUCCAUUGUCACCACUUACUAUCCUGGCUAUCAGGACUUCAUAAACAAGAUCCGCAGCACCAUUGAAAACAGCUUUGUGGGCUGGGAGCUGGAGGAGGUGCUGCUGCUGGACAUGUCAGUGGACGAUGGUGACUCCAAGAUCCAGAACCAGUUGAAGAAGCUGCAGAGUCCUGUAAUCUUGCUCUAUUGCACUAAGGAGGAGGCUACCACCAUCUUUGAGGUGGCCCACUCGGUGGGCCUUACGGGAUAUGGCUACACCUGGAUCGUCCCCUCACUGGUGGCUGGGGAUGCCGACAAUGUGCCCUCGGUAUUCCCUUCAGGUCUCAUCUCUGUGUCGUAUGAUGAGUGGGAUUAUGGGCUGGAGGCUCGCGUCCGGGAUGCGGUGGCAGUCAUCGCCAUGGCAACCUCCACCAUGAUGCUGGACAGGGGGCCACACACCCUUCUGAAGUCUGAGUGCCAUGGAGCUCCUGACAAGAAAGGAUCCAGCUCAGGAAACCCCAAUGAAGUGCUCAGGUAUCUCAUGAAUGUGACCUUUGAGGGGCGCAACUUGUCCUUCAGUGAGGAUGGGUAUCAGAUGCAUCCCAAACUAGUCAUUAUUCUGUUGGACAAGCGGAGACAGUGGGACAGGGUGGGGAAGUGGGAGAAUGGCUCGUUGACGAUGAAGUACCAUGUGUGGCCCCGCUUUGAGCUUUACUCGGACGCAGAGGAGCACAAGGACGAGCACCUCUCCAUCGUCACACUGGAGGAAGCACCCUUCGUCAUCGUCGAGGAUGUGGACCCGCUCAGCGGCACCUGCAUGAGGAACACAGUGCCGUGCCGGAAGCAGAUCAAAGGCCUCAACGGGACGGGGGAAUCCAGCAUGUACAUUAAACGCUGCUGCAAAGGAUUCUGUAUUGAUAUCUUAAAGAAGAUCGCCAAGUCCGUCAAGUUCACCUAUGACCUCUAUCUUGUCACCAAUGGAAAACAUGGAAAGAAGGUGAACGGUACCUGGAAUGGCAUGGUCGGGGAGGUUGUCAUUAAAAAGGCCCAUAUGGCAGUGGGCUCGCUCACAAUCAACGAGGAGAGGUCAGAGGUCAUCGACUUUUCCGUACCCUUCAUUGAGACGGGCAUUAGUGUCAUGGUCUCCCGCAGCAAUGGCACUGUCUCUCCUUCUGCCUUCCUCGAGCCCUUUAGCGCAGAUGUGUGGGUGAUGAUGUUCGUGAUGCUCCUGAUCGUGUCGGCGGUGGCCGUCUUUGUGUUUGAGUACUUCAGCCCAGUGGGGUACAAUCGCUGUCUCGCAGACGGGAGAGAGCCUGGUGGCCCCUCCUUCACCAUCGGCAAGGCCAUCUGGCUGCUCUGGGGCCUGGUUUUCAACAACUCCGUGCCUGUGCAAAACCCCAAGGGCACCACCAGUAAGAUCAUGGUGUCAGUAUGGGCCUUCUUCGCUGUCAUUUUCUUGGCCAGCUAUACUGCCAAUCUGGCUGCCUUCAUGAUCCAGGAGGAGUAUGUGGACCAAGUCUCUGGGUUGAGCGAUAAAAAGUUCCAGAGACCAAACGACUUCUCUCCACCUUUCCGUUUCGGUACGGUGCCCAAUGGCAGCACAGAAAGAAACAUCAGAAACAACUAUAAGGAGAUGCACAGCUACAUGGUGAAGUUUCACCAGAAGAAUGUGGAGGAGGCACUGCAGAGCUUGAAGUCUGGCAAACUUGAUGCCUUCAUCUAUGAUGCAGCUGUGCUGAACUACAUGGCAGGGCGGGAUGAAGGUUGCAAGCUGGUGACCAUCGGCAGCGGCAAAGUUUUUGCCUCAACGGGCUACGGUAUCGCCAUACAGAAGGAUUCGGGUUGGAAGAGACAGGUUGACCUGGCUAUACUUCAGCUCUUCGGAGAUGGUGAGAUGGAGGAGCUAGAAGCAUUGUGGUUAACCGGCAUUUGCCAUAAUGAGAAGAAUGAGGUGAUGAGCAGCCAGCUGGAUGUUGACAACAUGGCGGGUGUCUUCUACAUGCUGGGGGCAGCGAUGGCACUCUCACUUGUCACCUUCAUCUGUGAGCACCUCUUCUACUGGCAGCUGCGCUUCUGCUUCAUGGGAGUCUGCUCUGGCAAGCCUGGCAUCACCUUCUCCAUCAGCAGGGGUAUCUACAGCUGCAUCCAUGGAGUGCAGAUUGAAGAGACCAAGUCAUCCCUCAACUCCCCUUCAGCCACCAUGAACAACACACACUCCAACAUCCUGAGGCUACUUCGCACCGCCAAGAAUAUGACCUCUGUCUCUGGGGUCAAUGGCUCACCACACAGUGCCCUGGACUUCAUCCGUCGCGAGUCCAGUGUAUAUGACAUCUCUGAACACCGCCGUAGCCUGGCUGGCCAUUCUGACUGCAAGCCACCUUACCUGCCAGAGGACAACAUGUUCAGUGACUACAUUAGUGAGGUGGAGAGGACUUUUGGGAACCUGCACUUGAAGGACAGUAAUUUGUAUCAGGACCACUACCUACACCACCACUCGGGCUCAGGGCCUGGAAUAGGUUUGGGACUGACUGGCCCUCCACCCAACAGACCUCAUAGUCUAGGGAGUGCAAGUUCACUAGAGGGAGGUUUAUAUGACUGCGACAGCAUAGGGGGUGGGGUUGCUCCAAUUUUUACCACACAACCCCGUGCCUCUCUGACACACAGAAACAAUAGUAAAUUUGACCUUAUUGCAGGCCACACUCAGUCCUCUGGCCAAGGGUUCAAGCAAGGUGUGUCUGAUAUCUAUGGAAAGUUUUCCUUCAAAGGUGGGGCAUCAAGCUCUGGCUUUAUUGCGGGACAUGACAGGUACUGUGGGGGAGGGGGAGGAAUAGGUGAGGAUGGCAACAUCCGAUCAGACGUGUCGGACAUUUCUACCCACACUGUCACCUAUGGGAACCUGGAGGGAAAUGCCAAGAGGCGGAAGCAGUACCGUGACAGCCUGAAGAAGAGGCCUGCUUCGGCAAAAUCGAGGCGAGAGCUAGAUGAGAUCGAGCUGGGGUACCGGAGACGUGCCUAUCAUUCAUCUCACCACCAUUACCAUAGCUCCCAGGGGCACCGCUCAACCUCACCUCCGCUGUUGCCCCUGGAGCAAAACUCCCAAAGAGGGGGAGGGGGUCCUGGGGGAAACUCAUAUUUAUUUCGUGACAAAGAGAAUUUGAGAGAUUUCUACUUGGACCAGUUUCGCCCCAAGGAGGGGGUACCACAAUGGGAGCAUGUAGAUUUGACGGAUGUGCCUGGUGGAGGUGGAGGGGGCCGAGUGAGUGGAGGAGUUGGGGGUAACAGUGGUGGAGUUGGUGGUGGAGGAGGUAACUGCACCAGUCUGGUGGCAGUGGAUGAUUUCCUCAAAGGCAAAGCCAAAAAGACAGAUGUUAAAAGUGGGGUAGGGCCAGGAACCAGCACAGCCAUUCCAGGGCAACAAACACAGGCUUGCUGGGAAAAGAAUGUGACUGGGAUUGGAGGUGGGGGGCUGACGGGGGGUGACUGGGAAUGUCGAAACUGCCCUGGGUGUGGCGGAGGGUCCAAGCCAAUGCCUUUGCAUGGUGGUGGUAGUGGAGUGUAUUCAGCAGGGGGAGGCAGUUGCUCUGGGGGUGGAGGAGGUGGGGCGAACAGUUCCGUUUCUGGACGCCCCAGUUCUGCCUGUCUACGGUGUGAGGCAUGCAAGAAAACUGGUAACCUGUAUGACAUCAGCGAGGACAAUAACCCUCUUCUGGAUCAACUGGGGGGUGGAAAGGGGGCAAUAAUGAGUAGUACAGGGGCUGCUCAGACCCAGACACAAGCUCAGCGAAGGAAACCAGGCUUAGGAGGGAAAGUAUUGCGAAGGCAGCAUUCAUACGAUACGUUUGUAGACUUGCAGAAAGAAGAAGCAGGUGGGAUUGGUGGUAUGGGCAUGGGAAUGGGGAGGGGUGGGAUGGGAGGCAUGCUUCCACAGCCAAGAAGUGUGAGCUUGAAAGACAAAGACAGAUUCAUGGAAGGAGUCAGCCCAUAUGCCCACAUGUUUGAGAGGCAUGCGGGAUCUGAGCGAGACAGGGAUCGAGACAGAGACCCGUUGUUUUUUGGAGGGGACAGGGGAAAAGAAGGGUCAUCCUUUGGCUUGUUCCGUGGAGGAGAAGGGGGACUUCAUCGUCGUUCCAUGGGGGAGAGGGACAGCAGAGACAGAGAGAGAGGGAUGAUGGGGGGAGGUGGGAGUGGAGGAGGGAUUGGGACAUACUCCUUGUCCAAAUCGCUUUACCCAGAUAAGGUCAACCAAAAUCCUUUCAUUCCAACCUUUGGUGAUGACCAGUGUCUGUUACAUGGUGCCAAAUCAUACUACAUCAAAAAGCAACAGCAGCAGCAGCAGCAGCAGCUCAUGAAGAAUAAUCGAAAUGAAUUCAGAAGCUCGAUGAGCGUGACUUCCUACUUGCCUACAUCAGCCACAACUGGGGUGAUGUCCAAUGUGGCUCCACGGCUUCCUAAAGAGCUGAGUCUGGGAGGAAUUGGGAGUGGACUGGGAAACCACCACGGAGGCCCAAACAAUAGGGAGGGACUUGGACUGGGGCCAACGCAAAGGCCCUUCAACAGCUCGAGCAACGGGCAUGUGUAUGAGAAGCUGUCUAGCAUUGAGUCUGACGUCUGAAACAAGGAGGUACGCAUGUGGAAAGAGGUACGCAGGCACCGCAGCAAGAACGGAUGGACGAGUGCCGUCUACAGAGUCCUUGCAUCUGCUGAAAAGAGGAAGAGAAUAUAAACCAGGGAACCAGGGGAGAGCAGACCAACUGAAAGACCGGAAAGGCUGCCAAGAUGAGUCUGUGCCAUUUGUGACAGUAAAAAUUAGAAACUGUUGAAAAGUUACAACAUACGUCAACAUGGAAAGGGCUACCUGUGAACAUAUCCCAGCGAACAGAGAGAGUUAAAAGAAAGACAAAAACCAGACAUGACUAAAUAACUGUGGACAUUCUAAAAAUGCCUUUACUCUGCACUUUUUGCAUUUAACUCUCUCAUUCACUCUUCCUCUCUCCCACUGCUGCAAAACGACAAAAUAAACUGUUUCACCUAAACCUGGUUCGCUGUGGAAAUACAAUCAUGACUCAAAAAAGAAAUGCUUAAUUUAAA